AUGGAGGAAACGCCUGUUGCGAAGGAGGCCGCUAUCAAAAAGACAGCCUCUCAGAACGGCCACACUGAUGAGCGUAACAGCGGUGAGAGUGGCAGUCGACGUAGCUACACGCCAGGCUGUUUCGAUAUACUGUUUGGUCCGAAGGGGAUAGGAGCCGAGAAAGCUAAGGACGCCCAGGGUCAUGAACAUACUAGGGAGGAAGUGAACAGGAGACUUCGGUGGA